CGCCGCACGACCGUAUCUCGUUGCCGGCCGCCGCACUCGCCGCAGUGAGUCUACCGAUCGCCGAGACCGCGUUACGACAAUAAUAUUAUAUAUAUUUUUUUAUUUUUUUUUCGACGUUCUCGUUGUUUACACGCACUACGCACGCACACACCUCUGCGCUGAUAGCGGCCGACGCUCUUUGCGCGCGACCACCAAUCGUUUAUAUUAUUCUAUCGUUGUCGUGUACCUCAGUAGUAGUUGUUGUUGGUACCGCGAUAUUGGAUGCUGCAUUCAGCCUGUGGACGAUAAUAUUACGUCAAUAAUCUUCGUCGCCGCCGCCGCCGCCGCCGUCCGUAUCAUAAUAAUAUUAUUAAUUUCGCAAGCGCCGCGGCCGUUUACGAAUCGAUCGGCCUCCGCCGCCGCCAGAAUUGAUGCUGCCCGUCAUCCGAGUGCGAUCGUCGCGUCGUCGUCCUACCGUGCACCGCCGUCCUCUGUAAAUGCUUCGUAAUGAAGACAUGGUGACGUAGCUGGUCGUUUGUGUUCAAUACACUCCUGGAGAAUGCUUGUUUCAAACCUCAUUCAUCGUGUUUGGAUAAUAUGGGUCACUGUUAUUGCAGUGUGCACCUGUGUUCCGGUACCAUGUCCUCAAGAUACAUGUACACUGUCUGAUGUUAAGGACAAUCAAUGUAGAGAUUUAGAUGCAUACCUUAAGUGUAUGAAAUCAUUAUCGAAAAAAUGUCGUGGCGACAUUGGGUAUCAUUCAGCUAUUACAGUAUCAAAUUCAGAAUUCAAAAAGAAAUGCAUCGGUCAUGAAGAUUUCUCCAGAAAUAAUAGUGGUGAAAAUUCCCAGAUGGUUCCAUCAGCUCACAAUGCUUGCCCAAUGCUAUUUGAUGAUAAAAAAGAACACCGGUUUUGUGGCUUGUUUGGUGAUCCUCACUUAAGGACAUUCGAUGGCAAAUAUCAAACUUGCCGGAUUCAUGGAGCUUGGCAAGUGAUCGACAAUCCAUUUUUCAGUAUCAUGGUAACCAAUGACGCAGUUUUAAAUAGCACAACAGCCACAGCUCCAACUAAGUUGACAGUCAUGUUAAAAGCACAUAAACCUGAGUGUACUCCUCAAAAAUUGUUUGAAGCACAAGGAGAUCUUCUGUUACCGGAUAAAUUUGAAGAUAGUACCACUUCAUUUGGACCAGCUUCAUCGCCAACUGUUUCUCUUUCCUGGCGCUCUAAUGACCCCAACAGUGAGACAGUAAUCAUACGAUUAUCGUAUAUUUCUACAAUUAUAACUGUUACCCGGGUUCACAAAUAUCUGUCCAUUUCUGCUAAAUUGCCAGACCAGUUAGCGCAAGUAUUUGAUCAAGACAAGAAUGUAUUGUGUUCUUCUGGUUGUCCAACUUCUGAACAAAUAGAUAUAAAACAAGUUACAAUAAGUGAAUUAGAUCGUGGAUUGACUUUAUGUCACAACAGUAUUGGACCCACCGGGCACAAACUAACUGAUCAGUAUUUAGAUUGGUGUGUGUUCGAUAUGAUGACUUCUCACGAUGAACAGUUCAUCAAUGCUUCACAUGCAGCGUACUCUGAUGUAUUGUUUUUCGAACCACGCUCAUUGUUUAAUAGGACAGUUAGUGUAUUUGAGUUUAACCCCGAUUCAACGGCCGAUGCCAAUUGUAUACAUAGAUUAAACUUAUUUUUUCUCACUAUCAUUGCAUUGUACAACUUUCUUUGAGUGUUCCUAGUAUUGUAGUUUAAGAAGACACCAUACCUUAAUUUAUUGUCUCUACCUAACACACGUCCAACAUCACAAUAUUCUAUGUAUAAUAUUCUCCUCUACAAAUGCUACUAUACUUGAAUUUAAACUAUGCGUGUGUAACAUAAGGCAAUAAAAGCUGGGAUGCAGCCUUUUAAGUAUUUAGCAUAUUUUUUCUGAUAAUUUAUUUUUUAUUUUUAAUAGACAAUAGUUUAGUUUUUCU